AUGAAAUCUUUCGCAGCAAUCACUCUUCUCUGCGCGGCGCUCGCUGAAGUCGCCCACGGUCACUACAUCUUCCAGUACCUCACCGCGAACGGUAUCAAGGGCGCCCAGUACCAGAACAUCCGCAUGAACACCAACAACAACUCACCCGUCACUGACCUUGCCUCGACCGACCUUCGCUGCAACGUCGGCGGUGGAAGCGGAGCAUCGACUUCGACUGUCUCCGUCGCUGCAGGCUCCUCGGUCACAUUCACAGCUGACCAGGCUGUUUACCACCAGGGACCCGUUACCUUCUACACGACCAAGGUCAGCAGCGCUGCUGCUGCUGACGGCUCUACUGAUUGGGUCAAGAUCAAGGAGAUUGGCCCAACCUUCUCCGGCGGUCAGGCUACAUGGGAUCUAAAGGACAACUACUCUGUCACCAUUCCCUCGUGCCUUGCUGCUGGCGAGUACCUCCUCCGUAUCGAGCAACUCGCUAUCCACAACCCCGGCUCUCCCCCUCAGUUCUACAUCUCUUGCGCUCAGAUCCAGGUUACCGGCAGCGGCUCCAAGACUCUGUCCCCAACCACCAAGAUCCCUGGACACGUCACCGCGACUGACCCCGGCUACACUGCCAACAUCUACAACAACUUCAACAACUACACAGUGCCCGGUCCCGCGGUCGCUACUUGCUAG